GUCAGAGUUGUAUAAAGUUGCAGUGCCUGUAUGUUGUCGUGAGGCUGCUGUUUCCGACAUGCCACAAAUAAGGAUGGUAAUAGAUACUGUGGGCUAAAGGCAUGCGACACUGCACCUUGCGGCGCUGGCAAGUGGCCGGCGUUCCUCGGUGAACCGCUGAAUAGUUGAGCGAGUGGAACAAGAGGCGGCGGCGGGGCUGUGGGCAGGGCCACCUCGGCAGCAUGUUACGGAAUGAGGAAGCAGUUCCCGCGGGGAACAGUCUCACAAUAGAGGCGCGUUUACAAAGUUAGCGAAACGGGGAAUUUCUGGCCAAAGGCGACGUGUGGGAAGGAAUGAGGUUAACAUUUAAAUAACUUAUUCACGACAAAUCCGAGAGGGAAAGGCACUUACGUCCACAACUUUGGUCAAGGUGCUGCCUGCAAGGGUGUGGUGCUUGACUGGUUUACAAAGAAUCCGAUUGAGCAAGUUAUUGUUGCGAGCCAGCCCAGCAGAGGAGAGGAGAGGAGAGGAGAGGAGAGGCAGGUUGCAGCGUCCCGGGACUGGGGGCAAGGACUGGAGGAUGCGAGCAGGUGCUGGAGUUGACCUGCUGCUGCUGACACAAGCUGAGUGAAACACUGCGGCUGCCCGCCGCUGGAGGCUCGCCAUGUCGCUCACACUUUUUCUGAAGAAGGUGUCCAAACUCAGCGGCAAAUAUGACAGACUCAUCGUGGUCACCUUCCGAGGCUAUACAUACUCGACUAGAAAAGUCCAGUGUGAGUUCGAGGCUAUUGUCAAUGAGGAGUUCAGCUGGCCUCAUUAUGGAAGGGACAUCAAGGAAGAGAUGUUGGAGAUCAAAGUGUACAAUUACAGCAAGCUCUUCAGCAACAGGCUGCUGGGUCGCUUGCAGAUCAGUCUUCAACAGGUGACCAAAACUGGCCGCCUCGAUCUCAAGGAAGCUCUGGUUGACAAGAAGAAUUCUCUAACAGAUAUACUGGUGGAUCUGGAGAUCCGGUACCUACCGGUCGAAGGAGCUGUGGGAACGUGGGCAGAAAAUGACUUUGUGGUUGAUUUAAGUGACGGGGAUGAUCUGAUCAUCAGAAAUGACAACUUUGAAAGUCUCAGCCCGAAUGAACUGGCGAAAGCCGACCAACUGGAUAGAAGGAUGAAGUCCCUUGGACGGAAACUAGUGAAUGACGAUGAUGGUGAUGAUAAUGAAGAUGAGGAUGAUGUUGAUAUUUGCGACAUUGAUAUCAGUUCGAUAUCUUUCACACCACAGAAAAGUCGUUCAAGGUUUUCCACUAAGGCAGACCAACGUACGUCUAGAAUACAGAAUUUCCAGAUUGCGAUUACCAUAUCUGAGGCACGUAAGCUAGUCGGUGUCAACAUUGACCCUGUGGUACACGUGAGAGUGGGAGAUGACAAAAAGCACACGUCUACACAGAAGUCCACCAAUUGCCCAUUCUAUAAUGAGUAUUUUGUCUUUGAAUUCCAAGAACCAGCAGCUGUCUUGUUUGAUAAAAUCAUUGAAAUUGUUGUGAUUCAUGCAAAAAGAAUCCCAUUCACCGGAGUUCAGCUUGGAUUGUUCAGGAUUGAUGCUGGAACUGUUCAUCAGCAGCCUGAUCAUGGUUUUUAUCAGAAAUGGGCUAUUCUGACUGACCCAAAGGACACUAAAAGUGGCAUCAAAGGUUUUGUGAAAUGUACAAUUACGGUGAUGGGGAAAGGUGAUUUCCAGGCGAUGGUGCCGAGUGUCAGCACCAAACAGGAUGACGACGUUGAAAAGAAUCUCUUGCUUCCAAAACUAGUGCCGCUUGAGAGGCCUUGGGCCAAGUUCUACAUCAAGUUGUACAAGGCAGAGGACCUGCCCAGCAUGAACUCUGGCUUCAUGGGGAGUCUGUCAAAGAUUCUGGGUGAAAAUAAAGUUUUCAUUGACCCUUACAUCCAAGUCACGUUUGCGGGGCAGCAGGGAGAAACAUCAGUGGAUAGCAACACGACAAACCCAGUCUGGAACGAACAAAUCACUUUUGUUGAGAUGUUUCCUCCACUUGCUCGACGUAUCAAAAUUCAACUUAUCGAUGAUGCUAAUAUUAAUGAUGUUGCUAUAGCAACUCACUUCCUUAACCUACACCAAAUAUCUGAUUCCAGGAUAAAUGCUGGUUUCUACCCAACCUUCGGCCCAGCGUGGGUCUACCUCUACGGCUCUCCGCAGAAUUCUGUGCUCAGGGAUGCCCAUCGGGACCUGAACGAGGGCCUGGGUGACGGGAUAUAUUACCGAGGACGAAUACUUAUGGCAGUGUCAGUCGACGUGUUCAGCUCCAUCUCAGCCGUUCAAACCGACAAAGGAAGAAACGCCAAAAGGGGCUUGAGCAAAUUCAAGAAAAAAAGCAAGAAAUCCAAGUCGAAGACAAAAGAAGAGAGUCAAAAGCAAAAUGGUGAUGAAGAUGGAGCUAAUGCCCUGGAGCAGCCGACUGCGAUGGAAGUGAGCGUGGACUCGGUUCACCCUGUGCCAGAAGCUGUUACAGGUGAAAAAGAGGAAUUCCUUCUUUUUGCUGCAUUUUUCGAGGCCACUUUGAUUGAUCCAUCUGUCCGCUCACGACUUCUCAGCUUUGAAGUGUCCAUAGGAAACUGCGGCAAAUUGGUAGAAGUUGUGACAAAAAAGAAGAAAGAAGUUAAAGUGGAAGAGAGUGAAGAACAUAAAUCGUUGCUGGAAACAGGAGACUCCGAGGAUGAAUUGGAGAAUACUGAAGUUAAUUUAUUUCCAAAAGAUAACUCAUUGAUACCACCCAGAAAAGCCGAGAACACAGAAUAUGACAGAUCCUAUUGUUGCAUUCCAUACCUUUAUGAGAAACCAUGUGUGUAUGUGUGGAAUUGUUGGGAAGACUAUUCCUGGCGCUUGUAUAACAGCAAUGUACUUGCAAAGGUAGCAGAGAGACUGGAGGAUGGGCUGGAUGAAUUGUUUCACAUGGUGAAGAGACCAAAGUCUAAUCCAGACGAUUACUUCACUCAAGUCUUGAACGAGUUUGUUGCUGGCUGCAGACAAUAUCACAUUUAUGCUGAUAAGAAAACCAUGAACCGGCCGAACAAUCUGGAUAGAUCUCGGAUUAAGAGCUUGAAAUGUAACAUUAUUAAUUAUGCCAAACAGGCACGAAGAAUUCUGAAACGAAAGGGGAAAAAUAUCAAGUUGCACCUGGGAGAAGUACAAAAACUCCUGGAGAAAUUCAAGAAACAAGUGGAGGAGCCUCAGACUCCGAUUCCCGACAUCUUCAUCUGGAUGUUGAGCAAUGGGAAGCGUGUGGCUGUGGCACGAGUCCCAGCUCGACAGGUUCUGUACUCGGUGGUGGAGGAAGAGAAAGGACAGGACUGUGGGAAAAUUCAGUCCCUCUUCAUGAAGGCACCAGGGGCACCGAUUGGGGAGAUUUUUGCGAAACUGGAGGUUUCCAUGUGGCUGGGAGCGACAAAGUCCACUAAAGACAUCGUCAGCAGCCUGCCCCAGGAAUAUAUCCCCGUGUAUGACGAAGCAGCGAAGGCGGACACCACUCGGAUGCUGCCGCCCAUUAAGCUCAACAGUGACUACAACAGUUAUUUCCAGCUCCGGGCUCACAUGUACCAGGCUCGGGGACUGCUGGCAGCCGAUGAAACCGGACUGUCAGAUCCGUUUGCAAGAGUUGUGUUUUCAACUCAGUGUCAGGCAACCAGGUACCUGGAAGAAACACUGUCUCCAAUGUGGACAGAGAUGUUGCUGUUUGAUCAAAUCCUAAUCGAGGGAAGUAAAGAAGAACUGAAGAAUGAUCCACCCUUAAUCAUCAUUAACAUCUACGACUUUGACAGCUUUGGCAGCCCGGAGUUUCUUGGACGUGCCUUUGCAGUUCCAUCCAUUAAACUGCAGGAGGAAAAAUAUGAGAGACCAACCUUAAAGUUUCAUGACAUUUACAAGGGCAAGACCAUGGGUGGUGAACUGCUGGCAGCUUUUGAACUGAUAGAACUUGAUUACAGUGGAUAUGGAGAGCCAUCUCUGCCAGAAGAUGUAGAAUGCAAACAUCCAGAAUUUCUUGAUGCACUGGAGAAACAUUUCAUCAUUCCUGCAACAAUCCGGCCAAGGCUCAAGAAGUUCCGAAUUGAGGUUCUGUUCUGGGGACUCCGAGACCUCAAACGUAUACAGAUGUUUGAAGUGGAGCAGCCCCAGGUGACGAUGGAGUGUGGUGGUCAGAAAGUAGAAUCUGAAGUCAUGCCAAGUUACAAGUUGAACCCAAACUUCGGUGAACUUGUGAAAUUUUUUGAAGUGGAGCUGCCAGAGCAGAUGUAUCUUCACCCGCCCCUGAGCAUUGUGGUGGUGGAGCAGCGAGCGUUUGGCCGCACUGUUCUGGUCGGCACCUUCACCGUCACAAACCUGCAGCAGUUUUCCCUGGAGGAAUUGGAGGAGAGUUCAAGCCAUGAAGAUACACAACCCAAACCCCGACGAAAAGAGACUAAGAGACCCUCAAUCUCUAAGAGAAAAAGAGAUCCACAAAUCGCCAUUUCCAUUGAAACAGAAGUGUCACCUCAGAAGAAGAAAAGACCUCUCGAUGUUCUGAAGAUACCAAUGAAGAAACUGGCCCUGCCAAAACUGGAAAGUGCACCUGAAGAAUUUGAGGAAAAGGUUGAAUUGUCAGAACUGGACUGGUGGUCAAAGUACUACGCAUCUGUGGAGGAGAUGGAGAAAAAAGAGAAGGAAGAGGAAGAAGAGGAAGUGAUUGAGAUGGAUGUUGAUCCAUUGAUGCCAUCAACAAGUGAUGAUCUGGAGAGGGUGUUUAUUGCACCCAAGGAACAGCCAGUCACGCGAGGAAAGAACAUCAUUACAACUUUUAAGAUUUACAACACAGAACUGGAGAAGGAAUACAAUAAUUUUCAGGAUUGGCUUUAUAUCUUCCCCCUGUACCGGGGAAAAGCCAAUGAUGAUGAAUAUGAAGAUAAUUGUGAAGAUCGAAUUAUGGGCAAAUGCAAGGGCUCCCUGCUCAUCUACCCAAGUGAUGAAGUGGAAUCUGAUUUAAAGAUAUUACAGGGAAUUCCAACAAACAGGCCAGUCAAGCUUCUGGUCAGGGUUUAUGUGGUGAAAGCAACUAACCUUGCUCCCACUGAUCUGAAUGGGAAAUCUGAUCCCUAUAUUGUGGUUAAGAUUGGUGAACAAGUACAGGACAGCAAAGAACGGUACAUCCCCAAACAGUUGAACCCAGUCUUUGGAGAAGUAUUUGAAAUGACUGUUGCGUUUCCAAUGGAAACAGAGCUCACUAUUUCAAUAUUUGAUCAUGAUAUGGUUGGAAAGGAUGACCUGAUUGGAGAAACAAAGCUGGAUUUGGAGAAUCGUUUCUACAGCAAGCACCGAGCACAGUGCGGACUGUCCAAACAAUACGACAUUGACGGCUACAACGCCUGGCGUGACUGUCUGAAACCAACACAGAUAUUAACAAAACUCUGCAAAGAUUCCCAGUUACCAGAACCGGAAUACAGACUGGAAGAGGUGAAGGUCAGCAACAAAAUAUUCAAGAUCCCCAACAACAUUCUUCCAGUGGGGGAGAACAAGAAAGGGGAACAGCCUGUGAUGUCUGAUGAACAGAAGGCUUUGUAUGUGUUGAAUCAUUGGGAAGAUAUGCCAGAACGUUCUAUUAAAAUAGUGCCAGAGCAUUUAGAAAUCCGGAAGCUCCAGAAGUCGGACAAUACAGGAAUGCCACAGGUAACGAUCAUCAACAUUCCAAUAUUAUUCCUUCUGAGAGCCAGGCACCAGAGCUCUCCAGAGAUUUCAGUUGCUACCAGUUUGUGCCAGGGACCUCCUGUAGAAUACAUGUACUUGGUAAAACCAGUCAAUAUAAAACCCCGACAGCCUAUCAGCUAUGAGCUGCGAGUUAUCAUCUGGAACACAGACGACGUGCCUCUUGAUGACGUGAAUCCACUAACUGGAGUCGAAUCCAGUGAUAUCUACAUCAAAGGUUGGCUGAAAGGUUUGGAAAAUGAUAAACAAGAGACCGAUGUCCAUUUUAACUCUCUGACUGGAGAAGGAAAUUUCAACUGGAGGUUUGUUUUUCGCUUUGACUACUUGCCAACGGAGAAGGAGAUUGUUUAUAAGAAGAAAGAAUCCAUUUUCUCCUUGGAGGAAUCGGAGUUCCGUCAGCCUGCCGUGCUCACGUUACAGAUCUGGGACUACGAUCUGAUUUCUGCCAACGAUUUUCUUGGCUCCAUUGAACUGAAGCUGAACGACAUGGUUCGACCAGGAAGGACAGCUGACCAAUGUACCAUCAAGAUGGCGAAAGAGAAGGCGGGUCCGCGCGCAUCCAUCAUCCGGGGAAAGAGGAUGAAGGGAUGGUGGCCCAUGACCAAGGUGAAAGAAGAAGAGGACGAGGAAGAAGAAGAAGAGGAAAGCAAAAAAAAGAAGAAAAAAAAGAAAAAGAAGAAAGUAAAAAUCGAGGAUGUUGAAUAUACGGACAACUCUGGCAAUACGUACAUUCUUAGGGGUAAAAUUGAGGCUGAGAUGCACUUGCUCACUCUGGAAGAAGCAGAAAAGAGUCCUGUUGGCCUUGGUCGCAAAGAGCCUGAACCACUGGAUAAACCCAACCGACCCAACACAUCCUUCAACUGGUUCAUCAACCCACUGAAGUCAUUUGUGUACUUUAUAUGGAAAAACUACAAGUGGUACAUCAUUGGUUUACUGAUCCUCGUCAUCCUGGCACUCUUCAUCUUCCUGAUCCUUUACACCAUGCCUCAAUUCAUCAGUGAGAAGAUCAUCAACGGAUGAGCCUAUCUCAAAGACAACUCCAGUUAAAUAAUUCCAGCACAACUUCAUGUCACUCCAGCACUGUGAUGUCUUCAGAACUGCAAGGGCUGGGCAGCGGCUGGCUGCAGAGGAAAAGCCCAUCUUUUACAGCAGUACAUGACUCCCAGAAAGGCAAUGUAGCCAGUGUUACAGCUCAUGGGCUCCGAUUGAGAAAAUGGAUAAAGGCAAGUUAACUGAUGUAACAAGCAGCAAGAGGAAUGCAUUUGUCACUCUCUGGAAUUAGUGCUCGACUGGAGUCAUUUGUUCACCUUCCAAUUAAACAAUGAAGAUUCUUUACUCCAGUAGAACUUUAGAAAUUCAACCCUGACAAAGUAAUAAGAUUUUUAAUAUAUUUUAGCUACAAUGCAUCUAAAUCAACAGUUUAUAUUCUCAACUUUUAUUGGAAAUUGUGCACUCUUCUCAAGCCUCAUCUGUAAUUUAGUUGACAUCAUGGUUAGAUAUUUGGAUAAUCAUUACAUGUUGAACUCUUGUUGCUCCCCAUGUACAAGUUCAUGAAGUAAAAGUCAAAUAAAUAGGGUGCACUUCUUUACAUUGCCAAGUUUCUACAGCACUAUGCACUGUAACAUGGGUGUGAUGGCAGACAGGGCCAUAUUCAGCUCAUCCGCCACCUCACAGUUAACGUAACUCAGAAUUUGCAUGUUCUCCCUGUAACUGAGUGGAGUUUCUCCUCCAUCCCAAUAACAUGCAGAUUUCUAAACUAAUUGGCCAUUGGAAGUUGUCCCAUAACAACUGGAAGAAUCUAGUUAGAAUAGAUGCAACUGCUUGAAUUAGAUGGGAUGGAGAUUUUGUGUAAAGGGGUGCAUGAUCAGCAAAUUCAGUGGGUUGAAGGGCCGGCUUUCUUGCCGUUUGACUGGCUACACUACAAUGGACUCAAACUAUGUUUAGAUAGAAAAGAUGAACAAUUGUCAAUGAAAUGCGAGCGAUUCAGUGGCCCUGGAAUUGCUCUUAUAUUUUUGAUUUUGAGGGCAAAGUUAAUAAAACUAAGAUAACCAUUUGCUC